AUGGGUCAACAGCAAUCAAUAUUUUCUUUGCCACUGGACGUUAACUUUUGUUUUGUCACAGACGAUGUUGAAAAACCACUUGCAUCGACAUAUAUGUUAUUGAUUUUCAGUAGUCAAAAUUAUCCUGUUAUUGAGACUACUGCUAUGUCCAACUUUGCUGCUGAUGGCAUCGAACGCAAACCUACUUUAUCCAAAAGCUCUUCAGUCACAGGUGGGACAUCUGUGCGGAAACGCUCCACUGGUGAUACCCAAGGUGCUGGUGCUGUGGAUGAAGAAGUAUUUCGACAGUCUUUUAUACCGUCUAUGUCAAUUUCAGUUUCAUCUGCUAAAGAGCUCAGUGAAAUUAUAAAUCGUAUAAAAGAUACACUUACUGGUAAUCCUGAAGAAUGGGAAAAACGUGUUGAAGCGCUGAAAAUGUUACGUGCUGUUGUUGCAAAUGGUGCACUACAAUACGAAGAAUUUUUCACCUUACUGAAAACACUAGAGAGUCCAGUUGAUCUUUCUUUGCGUGAUUUGAGAUCCUCAGUUGUACGAGAAGCUUGUAUAACAGUUGCCUUUUUAUCACAAGAAAUUCGUAAUCGUUUUGAUCGUUUCGCUGAAGGCGUUUUGCAGACAAUUAUUUCAUUAAUGUCAAAUAGCGCCAAAGUUAUGGCAACUAGUGGAAUAGUUGCUAUGCGAUUUAUUCUCGAGAAUACGUGUUCCCCCCGACUUCUUCCUAUACUUAUGUCUUCAUUAUCAUCAAAAUCUAAUAUUACUAGAAAAUGCAUUUGCGAAUUUUUAGAAAUCAUUUUUACAACUUGGCCUGUGAAUAUUCUUGAAAAAAACUUGACAACACUACAAGAUGCUUUAAAACGAGGUAUAUCAGAUGCAGACCAAGAAGCUCGGUCAUUUUCUCGUCGCGCAUUUCCGUCAUUUGUUACCAAAUUCCCUGAACAAGCUAAUACAUUUUUACAAAAUCUUGAUGCUCAGAAGCGUAAACUCAUUGAGAAAGAUUUAAUUGCAGCAGGAUUAUCAGAUUUCAUCAGUUCUGGGGAUACAACAUCCUCUAGAAGUCAAUUAGGCAGUCAAUCGAAUUUGGCAAAUCAAAGCACUAGACGACCAGCUCGACCUGUGUUAGGUACCAGUUCAUUGGCGAAUAACACAAAUCGUAGUCGUCCACCUCUGACUAAUCAGAAUGAAUUUAACACAGUUGGCCGUUAUGUUCGUCAGGGUUCAGUUGUUUCUGGUUAUGAUGGUCGAGCGCGUCAGGCUGGAAAAAAACUAGUCUCACAAUCACAACCUACCAGUCGUGAAGUCUCGCCUUCACGUCUAGCCUAUUUUGCUUAUGGCGCUGGAAACGCAGCAUCGAACAAUACAUCAAAUGACACACAAAAAGUCCCAGUAAAUUCUUACACUAAUAACCGUAAUGGUGGAAUCGGAUUGGACAAUGCAGAGCGUAAUCGUUUUGGCUUAACUUCACGUGUUCCUCGUAGCCAGGGUGCAAGUCGUGAACCGUCUCCUACUAGAUCAACAGCAAGCGGUUAUACAGUGUCCUCAUUUCAGCAUAAUAAUAGUAUACAGUUGUCUGGAGCUAGCGGGAUAGGACAAUUGAAUUAUCGUAAACAACAGAGACCAUCUCUCGGUACGCUUAGCGAUUGUGGUGAUCUUGGAGAUGGGCCUCUAUACGGUCGACAUUACACAAUUGGUAGUAAUCGUGCUCCAUAUGGCUCAGAUGAUAAUUUCAGUGAGACAUCAUCUCAGUGUUCUGAGCGUUCAGGUCGUUCAGCACCUGGUUACCGACGUCAGUCUACAACGAAGGUGACUAGUAAUUUGAAAGAGAUAAUUUCCCAACUUCAAGCAGUUCAAUGGUCUGAUAGAAAGGAUGGUUUGACAAAUUUACAGAAUUAUAUGCGUUCUGGAUACCCACUAAACCCUGAUGAUAUUCGUUGUUUGACAGAAAUCUUUUCAAAAAUGUUUGCAGAUUCUCAGAGUAAAGUUGUCAGUUUAUUUAUGGAUACAUUGCAAUUCUUUAUCAAAGAAUAUAAUCCUUUACUCCGUGAUUGGUUAUAUACUCUUUUAAUUCGCUUAUUAUAUCGUCAAAGUCAUGAAGCUUUGAGUAGUCAUCAAAAAGCUAUCCAAGAAACACUUUUUGUCCUCAGAUCUCACUUCCCUUUAAAUUUACAAUUCAAUAGUUGUUGUCAUUUCAUUAUGGAUAAUGCACACACGCCAAAUUUCCGUGUGAAAACAUGUCUAUUAGAGUAUAUGAAAGAUUUAAUAUUAAUGAUGAGUCCCGAUGCUAUUGCAAAUCCAUCGAGUGAAGUAACCAAUGCAAUCGGAAGAAUUAUUAGCUGGUCUGGAGAACCGAAAUCAGCUGAUGUUCGUCGGAUGGCUUCUCGUGUUGUAAUUAAAUUGUUUGACUUAAAUUCUUCAAGUUUCACAAAUCUGUUACAAGCUCUUCCUCGUACAGCUCAAGAUCGUGCACAUGAAGUGCUUAAAACAUACCAGAAAACAGCUACGGGUGGUGGUCUAAUGAAUUUAGGCGACUCUAAUCAUCAUAACACUUCAUCAUGGAAAUCACCGUCUGUUGAUCAAGAUCAUAUGCUUUCAUAUUCAUCUGGUGCUAGCCACUAUGGAUCAGUCGGUGGACCCGCUUAUUCUUCUCAGCGUUCUCAAGAAUCAACUGGUCAAAUAAGCCCAGAAAGUAUGAAUCGUUUGAUUCGAGAAACAACAGACGGCCUUCAUUCACUGUCUAUUGGUAUGCCAACCUCUAUAGCAAGUCCAAUACGAAGAGCUUCUGCUGGUUCAGGAACACGUGUAGAUCAUGCUCAAGAUUUAGCACAUGUUACAAAUGGUAAUAAUGGUGUAUUACGUACAAUGCAACCAAAUAAUUACCUUAAUUCUCCUCCUCCUCCUACAUCACUACAAACUCCUAGUAUUGUUCCGUCCAAUGUAAAUCAAUGUUAUGCGCCAUCAGGUACACCGAAUGACCCAUCACUUCAGUCUACCUUUGGUUUACGUACAAACAAGCCUAUUGCGAAUACCUUGAUCAACUAUGAUCCUGGCGAAGGGCCAAAAUUAAAGAAGCCCGUAAUUGGUUAUCAGACUCUAAAAAAGAUACGCGAAAUGCCUCCAGAAGAUAUUAUGUCUGAAAUUUUACAGGAAUUAUCAAACCAUAAUGAACGCUAUGAACAAAGAAAAACGUGUAUGUUAAAGUUAAUUAAACUAUUACGUGAUGGUGUUAUCAGUAAUUGGGACGAAUAUUUCAAGCCAACUCUGUUAAUUUUACUCGAAACAUUGGGUGAUGAUGGUCAUGAGACAAGAGCGCUUGCUCUCCGUGUACUUCAAGAAUUAGUACGGGCUAAACCUGAUCUAUUUCACGAUUUCGCCUAUUUAUUUGUCAUCAAAGUCCUUGAAGCUUGUCGGGACAGUGAAAAAUCUGUUAUUCGAGCAGCAGAAGACUGUGCUACUACAGUAGCUCAAAAUCUUCCUCAAGAACUCUGUUUAAGUGUUCUUACUCCACUGAUAAAUGAUCCAAAAUUGCAUAUCAAUUUACCAGCUAUUAAAAUGCAAAUGCAAGUCAUACAGAAUUCAUCACCUGAAUUAGUACAAGAAUCUAUUAAUGCAUUAAUCCCUGGACUAGUCACUGCGUGUAAUCAUGAAGAGAGUGCCAUCCGUAAAGCCAGUGUAUUCUGCUUAGUUGCGAUUGCUAUGAAACUUGGAGAUACUAUUUGGGAAUAUCUUACAGAAUUAAAUGCAGGCAAAAAACGUCUUUUAAAAUUGUAUAUUGACCGUCAACAAAGUUCAGCUACAUCAGAUGAUUCAAUUACAACUAAAAGUUGAUAUAGUGUGUGUGUGAUAAAGACA